GACUAUGCACAACGAGAGGAACUACGUACGCAGUUGUAGUCCAGAAGUACAGGAGAACUACAAAUCCCAAAAUCCGCAAUGUUUAAAGAUCAAAGUUUUCGGUGAAAGCUGGAAGUUUGGAGACAACCGUUCCUAAGUUCAGAAAAGAAACGUUGUGUUCGUGCACACUGUAAUAAUGGCAGAAGUAGCCGAACAUCCAGACGUACCCGAAGAUGUGGAUACGGACGACUGCAUGACAUCCUACUCGUACAUUUACAGCCACGAUUUGCUCAAGGACAAGGUGGCCUUUAUAACUGGUGGCGGAUCUGGGAUCGGAUUCCGGACAGCAGAAGUACUAAUGCGGCAUGGGUGUGACACAGCCAUAGGCAGCAGGAAUACGGAAAGGCUUUCUGUGGCCUCCAAGAAACUCAUGGCCACCACCGGGCGGCUCUGCCUUCCUCUGGUCAUGGAUGUGCGGCAGCCCGAGACCAUCGAUGCAGCUGUAGAGGAAACACUGAAGAAGUUUGGGAGAAUCGACAUCCUUAUUAACAAUGCUGCUGGUAACUUUCUCUGCCCAGCCACAUCUCUGUCCUUCAAUGCAUUUAAAACCGUCAUGGAAAUUGACACCAUCGGGACAUUUAACACGAGCAAGGUGGUCUACGAGAAGUGGAUGAAGGACCACGGAGGCUCCAUCGUGAACAUCUCCGCCACCCUUGGCUACAAAGGCCAGGUGCUCCAGGUGCAUGCUGGGUCGGCCAAGGCUGCCAAUGAUGCCAUGACCCGACAUCUGGCUGUGGAAUGGGGCCCAAACAAUGUGCGGGUCAACAGUCUGGCACCUGGACCCAUUUCAGGAACAGAGGGAUAUCGCAGAUUGGGAGGUUUUAGGGCACAGAGCAGCGGUGCGUUCGAGACCAUCCCCCUACAGCGAGCUGGGAAUAAGACUGAGAUGGCUCAUGGUGUCCUGUUCCUGGCCAGUCGGGCUUCAUCUUACGUGACGGGCGCCUGUCUCGUUGCCGACGGUGGAAGCUGGCUCACUUCUGCAAACAAUCUGCCUGUCCUCCUGGGUAUAGCCUCUUCCCAAUCUGCUAAACUCUAAGUCCACUAACAUCCCAGAUCUUUGGGCAUCUGUUCCGAAAAGAGAAAAAUAGGACAUUUAAGGUGGAAUCAUGCACAAAUCUUGUACAAUCAUAUAUUUGUUACUAGAAAUCAAUAAUUGAUCAGUCAUAGAGGCACUGGUGUCCGAGAAGAACGUUCCUGUCAAAUGCAGUUCGACUCUCAUGAUGGUAGCUUUUGUUUCACUGAACUUAGCGCCCUGAUUGUUUAAAAUGCAUCAUUAAAACUGAGGUCCAUAUGCUAGUAAAAGAGCCUUUACUUUGCAUGGAGUACUGUUUUCAAAUACUAUUGUGUGUAUUAUUUGAAGAUCGUAACUAAUGAAACACUGUAAUAACUGCAUAUACAUAAGUAAUUGGGUCUGUCAAAUAAUGAUCACUCUAAUACAGGAGUAAAAUUGUCUUAUGCAAUGUCAGAGUAUGUAAUGGUUAAGGUUUUAAACCUUCCAAUGUCAAUGAAGCUAACCCUGGUACUUAAUUUCCAACUGGAUAAAUGCCAUGGAAAUGUAUCAAUUAAAUCUAGUAGUAUUAGCUGCUUAAAAUAAAAACUAAAAGUGUACAAGUUGGUAGGAUCCAUCCAUCCAUCCAUCCAUCUAUCCAUCCACCCAUCCAAAACAGUACCUGUGAGUAUGUAACUUGACAAGUUUGACGUAUAAUUGUAUUUUGAGUAUUUAAUUAAAGUAUUAUUAGUCCCUGGAAAUAAUGUUUUUUCUUCAUCAUAUAUGAAGCUAGCACCAAAUACACUAAUCAAAUGACAUGUUUUAUUAAUGUUACUGCAUAUAUCAGACAGUCAAAUGUUAUUUGGAAUAGUACAGUUUCAUAGAUAGGGCAAUUGUUUUUCCCAAGAGACUUUAAAUAAAGCAUAUUUGCCAAAAAGUCAGAUUUUUUAUUCCUUUGGUCUCUCUAAGGAUAAUGGUAGAGUGCUGUGGAAUAUGUCUAAAUGUCCGGUUUAGGAAGCAUGUACUGUGUUUCUUAAUCAUAACGUAUAACGAUAGACUUACUACAUAUAAACAGACUACACUGUAUAUGGGGGGUGGGCAAAAGAAUAAAGCUGUUGACAUACAG